AUGCAUUUCCACCAACGUUUUGCUCUGAUUAUAUCGACCUUGAUCACAGCAGCAGCUGCCGGACAAAGUCGCCUUCCUGAGCAGCUGUUCCUCGAUUUGCCCGUUGCGGAGGUGCUCAAUCGAACUGCCUGGGACUUGGUGGAACCAUGGGCCACUGAGUACUGCACCGCCAUUGCAGAGCAGCGAUACGGAGAUGCCAUCUAUGCCCGAUACAACAUCUUUGGGGAAACCACGGAUGGCAUGUUGACGUUGUGGGAUUGCACUGAUGAAGGGCGGUACCGUGAACGGAACAUCACUGUGUAUGAGCAGAUCAUGGAGGAUGCUCGAGGGUAUCAUGAUGGGCACCUGGACCUUUACCAAGAAGCGCUAGAUUUCUAUAGCAGCAACAGUCCCAACGACUCGCGGAGAGACAUCAUCGAAGCGUUGAAUAAUGUGAUGAACAAUGGGUCAGACUUCUAA